AGGAACCUCGGGGUUAGCGGCUCUUCAAAGUUACCAGACAACUAUAACUUCCAACUUUCCCCUGCGAAUGGGGUCAAGCCUGUUACCCCCAAACAGCAACGGCUGUGCCGAAAAUACCCCGAGCUCAUUCCGUACAUCGGCGAAGGUGCAAGAGAGUCUAUCACGCAGUGUCAGCUCCAGUUUAAAAAUAGAAAGUGGAACUGCUCUGCUCAUAGUCCGGAAAAUGUCUUUGGAAAAAUUCUGAAAAUAGGUAAGACGAAAUCAUCUGUAUCAGAUAUUUUUAAAUCGAAAUCGGUGCGCGAUAAGUUACGUCAACUUUAGCUUGGUUUUCUAUCUAUGUUUUUAGAACAUUCUCGUAAAAGAGAACACAUCUCCUUAACUCUUCUCUUAAAAAAAAUAUUUCUAUGCAUGUGUAUUUAAAACUAAAGCUUACGGGCGAAGGCCAGAGGGUAAGUUAAAUUUACUUUUGUAUAGAUCUGAUUUUAUGGAAACACUCAAGAAGUGGAGAAGAUUAUAACGAACCCCAUAGGAAAUAAUAAAACGCAGUAACGUGAUGUUUCAUACGCUAGCAAAUUCUUUAUACAGAACGUAAGCUUAAAAAGACGACGAACGUUUGCUCUCGCCCACAGUAAAGUAAACAAGACAAAAACCAGGCUUGGGCUAGCCUGUGAAUUUAGAAAGAAACCCACGCGAAAAGAAAUAUUCUUGUAUGACACAGCAUUCUGUUAUCAUUGACAUAUAUGUAGUUAUUUAUGGACACGCAACAUUUGCGAAAUUUUCGUCAAGUGAACGCUAAUUCCAACGGUAUUUAGUUAUGGAUGAAAUGGUUCAUUGUUGAACAUACAAAGAAAAGUGAGAGGACAGAAGUUGACGGGAAGGAUUCUUGAGGAAUAGGCUAAAGACAAACCCGGUCAAAUAAACGCCAUUAUUUUUAGGGGUUAUUUUUACCCUGAGAUUGAUCAAGGUAAAAUUACUUAAGGAAAUUGUAAUCAAGUAAUAAGGUCAAAAAUGAUUUUCUUAAUAACUUUUUCAUCACCAUUAUUAAUAAAUAAACUUCAAAGGCUCGUCUCACUUCCAAGCAAAGGAGGGAGUACAACAAAUGCGAUGCGAGAAUAAACGGUCAAAUACUGUAAUGUACUUUUUUCGCUAUUCCUGUAGUACUUCUUCAAUGAAACAACUUACUCUAUUUGCAUGACGACUAAGACUAUUUUCAACAUUUUUAGUUCUACUGUUUUGUCUCAAAAGCCAGAACCACGAAGCCACAAAUUCAAUGAAGUGCUAUCUACUUCAGUUAUUACUGACUUAUAAUUUAAGUUAUUGAAUUUCUUGUUCAUUUGAUUCGUCCAGAAGAGUCUUUUUCAUAAAUCUUAGUUCUAUGUUCUAUGUUCUGUCCUAAAAGCUUUGCUAAGGAAAGUACAGACUUGAUGAACCGCAAUUCACUUCACUUAGUAUUUCAGAUUCAAUGUUUUGGACUAUAAACUGCUCGUUCUAAUUGAUUCUCAGGCGGAUUAAGUUAAAUUGAGUAGUUCUAUAUUCCGUUUAGACAGUAUUGGUUAAAAAUCCACAAGUUUGAUGACAUAACUCAUAUAACUCACUUCAUUGCAAUUACAGAUUCUAUUUCAGUAGUGGGAUCACUUGUCAUUCUAUUUGAUUCAUAAAACGUUGCUUUCAAUUCACCAGUUUCAUUGAUUUUACUCAGUAUUUCAGUUAAAAUUGCGUCUCAGCAGCUUCAGCUACAAACUCACACAUCUUAUGAACUCCUGUUAACCACUUCAUCCGAUAUUCCUUCGUACUUCUUUUUUGGCUAAACAACUCCAGUUUUUAUUGAUUCCUUAGAACUAUUCGAUCACUGUAAAUUCUAUAAUUCAUAAUUAUAGUGUUGUCUCUCAAAUUUGUUCACAACCCACGACUUGAAGAACUCUAAAUAACCCAUGUCAUUUGCGACCCCUCCUUACAUCCCAAACCACUCUUUCUCUUUUUUCUGAUCGUUCCUGAAAACUAUCUUAUCGCUAGUUGUUACUUCGUUUUUUGACUCAGGUAACUAUAAAAUGAGGGAAUGUUUUCAAAAUAAUCAUUUGGUCCGCCAAUUUAUUGCACUCUUUCGCGGGAGCUCGUAGCGAAGUGAAACUGCCCAGAUUCACUCCAUCAUUCUGUGAUUUUUCAUUUCGGAUUCUAAGAAAGACUUACGCUUUGUUCACACGAUACAGGAUAGUUUUUCGCGUUGCCAACACGUAAAGCUGUCCAGAAUAGUAUAGUAUAAACACCUAUCCGAUAUGUGACUCUCCACUUUAGAGAUCCCGUGCGCGCGGCUCAGCCUCGCUCCGUCACAGAAAUCGCUUCGAAAGCACCGUUCUCAUGUGUAAACAGAAGCCCUAUCCGAUUUGAUAUUAGUGCCAGCGCAAAAGCUAUCCAGUAUAAUCAGUCUUCUUAGCAUCAUAUUGACGUUGAUCAUUUGGAGCCAUCUGUGCUAUGGUGUCAAUGAAUUCAGAAAAUUUACUAAUCAAAGCGAAGUUCCUUAAGUGAUUAUUCUUCUAAUUUCCCAUCAUUAUUUUGGCUGAGUUUCCAUCAGGCUCUGCUGUAGGCCUGACGCACGCCUUACACUUGACUUGGCACCUCAAGCCUGACUCGCUGUGCACGCAUUUCAAACCUUAAACCUAUCAAACCUUCAAGAUUUAACACUCCUAAAGGUAGCCAAAGUCAAAAUUCACUAUGAUUUUUUACUUUGUGAAAUGAUAAAAACAAAUUGUGCCUUAUGAAAAUGCUGUUCAAGAGAAUUCAUUUGAAUGGUAACACUAUAGGAUUUCUCCCACAGAUGCAAAAGUUAGAGCCACCUAGUACAACAAAAUAAACAGCACCACAGGAAAGAACUGCUCGGUAACUGUCCGGCGUUUGAAUGGUCACACUAUAGGAUACUCAAAAGUUAGAACUACCUUAAAGUUUUAAAGCAUUUAUAAACAGUACCAAAGUACUAUACUCACUAGCUUUUAUUUGAAUGAUCACUCCAAAACACAGACUCAAAAGUUACAACCGCUCUACAAGCCAGAGUCUCCAUCAUUCACUCUUGGAAUGAAAAGGUUAAACGCACCUCAGUCUUAUUUAUGCGCAUGGUUCUGUUAAAGCUUGCAGGGAAACAGCUUUUGCCUACUCGAUAACAGCAGCAGGAGUGUCGCAUGCUAUAGCGAGAGCUUGUAGCGAAGGAAAACUAUCGUCCUGCGGAUGUGACAAAAGAUACAGAGGAGUCAGCAACGCAGGAUGGCAGUGGGGAGGAUGUAGUGACAACAUUCAUUUUGCGGAUCAGUUUUCUAGGAAAUUUGUCGACGCUGGUGAAAAGGGCCGAGAUUUUCGCACAGUGGUGAAUUUGCACAACAACGAAGCUGGAAGAACGGUGAGUGUGUCUGAAGGUUACAUUUUUACAAGCUACAAGAGCAGAAAAGAAUAAACUGGCUUCGUCCCCAGGCUUAGUCUCUCUACUAUCAAAAUACAAAUUUUUCCUCUUCAUUUUGGUUUCGAAAAGUUAGAACCACUUAACAAGACUUAAUCAUUCCUUCUGGGAGUAAAAGAUUUCAUAGCUGAUCAAGAAUUACAUUCCCAUUACUAUGCCACUAUUAUUCUGCAGUGUACAAGGUGGCUAGACAGUUAAACUAUCUCGAGUACGCGGCGGUAUGGCCAAUGCUUAGCUUACUUUUAGUUUACUCUUAUAAUCAUUGACGCUGUUUAUUCUGCAAAGAAAAAUUUCUAACUUUUGCAUCUCGUUUAGUAAAAUUUAGUUUACCAUUCAGAUAAACUUGCAGUAUUAAGCAGCUUAUGAGACAAGGAGGGUCUUUCUGCCGUUAUUAGUAUCUUUUUAAGUAAAAUAAUUAGGGAACGGAAAUCGAAGAUUUCCAUCACUACUGGAAUUGGGAUUACACGCGGUAAAGAAACUGACUAGGUCACCCGGAGUAGCCUCGGGCGUAUUUUUUUUUUCUUCAGCCACAAUUAUGAAGAAUUACUUCCGACCGACCAAAAAACCGUCAUAAAAGUAAUUUUAAUGCGUCAAAGCGGCCGUCUGCGCGCAAUUGUAGUGGUAAGAAAAAUUUCAUCAUCAGCUACGUGACUCAGUUUCACAGGUAUUUUACGCGACUUGGACUCAACGAACUUAAUAGAAAGAAAUGACGGCUAAUUGUUAGCGUAUAUUUUGCUGAUCAAUAAACUUUAAGUUUGUAAACUGCUCAACCAAGAAGAUAGAACUUGAACUUGUUGCGACUUCAUCCAUACGUUCUAACAAAUUAUAAGAUUAUUGCUUAAUACUUCAAUCAUAAGAUUCUCCUUUCGAAACUGACACAAAAAGAUUAUUACACAAUCACGUGUGGCAACCGCUUUUUAAGAGUCUUCUUAAGUAUAUUGCAAAAAAAAAAAAUUGUGAGUAGAAUAUUAAUCCUACUAUUCCCGUCUGUGGCGGCAUUCUUUUGACAAACUGUUUCAAUUUUAUGAAUAACAACAAUAAAACGUUUUUCCUUGUAAUAGCCGAAAUUUGUGGUAAACGGUCACAAGGCGGUUUCCCACGAAGCUACUUAUUCUAACUGUGGCAAAUUUGGGUGUACAGUCAUUGUUAGUAUUAAAAAUAAAACCGCGGCUUUGCUGUUGUGAUUAAUUUCAAUUUCAUGGCUCAUCAAUCUUGACUUUCUUUCUCAUUGUCUGAGUCAUCUCGUUUAAACUUUCCACUGCCAUAGCCAAUUAUAGAGACGUGACGAAGUUGCAAGUUUAAUUUGGAGACUGCGAAGGCAAAAAUGGAAAUUUCAAGCCAAGGAAACGUAGAUUUCUCAUUGUCUGAGUCAUCUCGUUUAAACUUUCCACUGCCAUAGCCAAUUAUAGAGACGUGACGAAGUUGCAAGUUUAAUUUGGAGACUGCGAAGGCAAAAAUGGAAAUUUCAAGCCAAGGAAACGUAGAACUGCCCGCGAGAAAACAAAAAAAAGCCUCUUUUGCCCUCAUGUUACACCAUCUUAUCCGCAGGGCAAAAGGAUAAUUUAUAUACACAAUUAUGAUUAAAUUCUACCUAUCGCAUUUAUAUAUACGGUCGUUUCGAUACAAGUGGUUUGGAUACAAAUAUUCACCCAAAAUGUUUUUCACGUACAUACCGUAUUUAAAAAGGGGGCGAUUAUUUGAAGGAGGCGAUCAUUUUAGAUAUCGUUCACUGGAGGUCGUGCCCUAAAUAUUUUGUUCUAUUUUCCCAUUAAAUCAAAAAAUAAUCACAUCAAAGAAACGGAACAUGGGCUUUUUAGUGUUCCAAAUUGGGUUCCUUGAUUAAUUUCCAUUGUCAAUAUCCUGGGCGUCGUCACUGAUCAGCUUUGCUGGAUCAAACUCUACUUCAGUUUCAUCCUCCAGAUUUACCGCUAUUGGUGUCGAUAGCGGGUUACCUAUGGUAGUGGGAGGGCGACUAUUCGAGGGAGGCGAUUAUUUUAAAUAUUUUCGUCAAAGGCAGGCGAUUAUUCGAGGGAGGCGAUUAAUCGAGGGACGGCUAUCAUUCGAUGAAAUACGGUACUUGAAGUGAUCGAAAUUUUUGUGCAGUAUCACUGGGCGAGUUCGUAUCAAAACGACCAAACGCCUGUAGCACAAGUCUGAGAUGAGGAGUAGUCUUUCUUGAGAAGACUCCCUGUACCGAUCAAAGGAUGAUAAUUUGACUCUAUUGUCGGUGUUCAAACGAAAACAUCAAAUUCUAAAAUUUAAAAUCGAAGGGCCUUUUAAAGUUUCACGUACUCAUCAGACAACGUAAUGGGGCUUUCCGAUUUAAAAGUAGAGCAAUUUUUAAUUGCCUGAUGUUCACGCCUCGCGACAUAAAAACGGCGCUCGAGAGAGCUGUCGAACGCACAAAAUGGAGACUUAGACAAUAUUUAAAUACCCUGACACCGCAAAAUCUCAGCUUGGCUACAGACAUCCAUUGGCUUUGAUAGUAGUUUUUGAUAGCCAAACAAUGAAAGUUUCAAAGAGUAGUUUGCCUUUACUGACACGAAAUUGCUUCUCUUUUUUUUAAGUCGGUGAGACAGAACAUGGUACGGGAGUGUAAAUGUCACGGCGUAUCGGAGGCUUGCACUGUACAGACCUGCUGGAAACGCUUACCGAAUUUCAGACGCAUCGGAGACGUGCUCAAAGAGAAAUUCGACAGCGCGUCAAUGGUGGAAUUUGAGCAAAACAACAACCGCAACGGUCAUAGCUCUCGAAAAGGAAAACCUGCAUUCCGUCCAAAAAACAAACUGCACAAGGCACCCACAAUUGCUGACUUGGUCUACUAUGAAGACUCUCCAGACUUUUGUCGUCGCAAUCCCGAAACGGGUUCUCUCGGGACGAAAGGACGACUGUGUAACAACACGUCCGAGGGGACAGACGGGUGUAAUUUGAUGUGCUGUUACAGAGGGUAUACAACAAGUGAGAGUGAAAUGGAAGAAAUGUGUAACUGUCGCUUUCAUUGGUGUUGUAAGGUAAAAUGUGAAAACUGCCGAUCGAGACAAAUCAUCCAUAGGUGUAACUAA